AUGCCGCCGCAAGCCCAGGCGUACUAUGCAGCUACAGCGAGCUCAGACACCAGGGUGUCUCUGGCAUCUUCUAAUUCGUGGGAAAGCCUCAAGCGAAGGCUCGACAACGACGCUGAUCCAGACCGUGCGAUUUCGAGAUAUCUCAAAUCUCGCCGGUUGAACCGGAUCGUCACCCUGAAACGACCAGGCCAAGCUGGACAGGUGCUAUCGGUCGCCGAAGCCGGGGAUCCGGAAGGCUAUCCUGUGCUUGUGUUCCUAGGUCUCGGAUGCGUACGCUAUCUGAUCGCCCUGUACGACGAGGUGGCUCGAGGGGACAACAUUCGGUUGAUAUGUAUAGAUCGCUGGGGUCUCGGCAAGAGUCAAGAGGUAGCAUCGGAACAAAGAGGUUUGCUUGAGUGGGCCGACGUUGUCAAAGAGGUCAUGGACCAGAUGGAAGUCCCUACAUUCGGUUUGAUGGCUCAUUCCGCUGGUGUUCCCUAUGCCCUGGCGACCGCGCUUAAGAUGAAGGAUCGCGUCAGCGGAACCAUCCAUUUGCUAGCGCCUUGGGUCAACAUCGACGUCGAUGGAGGUUACAAGUGGCUGAAGUACGUGCCAUCCAGCGUCAUCAAGACGGCUCAGGCGACCGAGUGGAAGUUUCACGGAUGGAGACUGGGUAGCUUGCCUGCUUCACCUUCUGAAGGUAUCGGAUACACCCCACCUCAAUCUGCUCGGUCCGUGAUGGGCACAGCAUCGGGAUACUUUGUGGGAAGACUAGGUCGACCGCAAGUAUCCCCUGGUUUGCCUCAGGUAUAUACCGGGGACUGGGCUAGUCGAGGCUGUUCAUCAUCGCGAGUCGACCUCGGCGUUGGUAGUAAAGGCGACCCCACAGGCGACACGACGAGCAGACCGCCAGUAUCACCUUUAGUACGACCAAAGAGUUCGGCAGGGAGGCUUGCCCGAAGGCUUUCCCAAAGCGUCAAACCGAACGGUGACGAUACGAUAGAGCGACUGCGCGUCGGAACCAACCAAUCAAGCAAGCUCCUUCGACUUGCUCCUAGCAACGCUUCCGCCACGAGUAUAGAAACAACAGCGGAUGUCGAGUUGUCGUCCCGAUCUGGCGUGCGCUCGAGUCGCGUCAAGAGGAUUGUUCCGGCACGUACGACUAGUCUGCCGUCCAUCGACCUGGAACGCCCGAGUUCUCGAGCACAGAGCACCCUGUCUGCCGCGUCGAGCGUGGUACCGCUCGCGGGCGAGACUUCACUGGCCACAGCGAUCCUCCAAGCGUCUCACGCCGAGGCGCUGCAAGGGGGAAGCGCCGACCUGAUGUCGAUAUUGGGCAGGGACAGCAAGGAUUGGGGCUUCUCGUACAGCCAUAUCGAGCAUCCCUGUCGAGUCUGGUUAGGAGACAAGGAUGACAAGAUCGGCGAGAGAGGCGUACGCUGGAUGGAACAAGAGAUGAAGCAUUGCCAAGUCGAGAUCGUCGCUGGGGAGGGUCAUAAUCUCAUGACGAGUUCACGGGUCGUUCUGAUGGUCUUUUCCAGACUUCAGCCUGAUGUACGAGCUUGGAUGAGUCGAUCCACAUGA